UUGCAGAGCUUGGUCAAACACACAGAGAAGAUCUGCAUAUUCAUGAGCUCUGAUUGGACAUCUCUUGUAUCACCCUGACGCUUCGGACAUUUCAUUGGUUAUCUCUGUGACAAUCAUGUACACUGGCGCUUCCAGGAAGCUCUCUUCGCAGUGAGUGUUGUCCAGACUGCUGAAACAAUGCCAGUGAGAAGGAAAGUGUUGACUAAACCACUGCCCAAUGGACUGAUAAUAACUGACACUGAAAAGAAACAGUGGAGACUGGGGAAGAUCAUUGGACAAGGUGGAUUUGGGAUGAUAUACCUGGCUUCCCCAAGUGUAAAUGCACCUGUUGGAGAUGAUUCAGAUUUUGUGAUUAAAGUUGAAUAUCAUGAGAAUGGUCCUUUGUUCACAGAACUUAAGUUUUAUCAGAGAGCUGCAAAACCAGAAUACAUGAAAGGAUGGAUAAAAAAGUGUCGAUUAGAAUUUCUGGGGAUUCCUACCUACUGGGGAUCUGGUUUGGCUGAAUGCAGUGGAAUACGAUACCGGUUCAUGGUGAUGGACAGAUUAGGCAGUGAUUUGCAGAAAAUCUUUGAAAAAAAUGGGAAGAGGUUUAAAAAGGAGACUGUUCUCUGUUUAGGCGCUCAGUUGAUUGAUGUUCUGGAAUACAUUCAUGAGAAUGAAUAUGUUCACGCCGAUAUUAAGGCUUCAAAUCUUCUGCUGGGCUACAAGGAUCCAAGCAAGGUUUACCUUGUUGACUAUGGGCUGUCGUAUAGAUACAGCCCUGAUGGCAAUCACAAAGUUUACAAAGAGAACCCAAAGAAGGGACAUAAUGGAACAAUGGAGUACACAAGCAUUGAUGCUCACAAAGGAGUGGCACCUUCCAGACGGACCGACCUUGAAAUCCUUGGCUACUGCAUGCUGCACUGGAUUUGUGGAACGCUGCCCUGGGAGGACAACCUAAAGAACCCCGUGCUUGUCCAGAAAGCAAAAGCACAGCUUAUGGAAAACCUUCCAGAUUCUGUAAUUCUGAGUUCAGCCUCUGGAACUAACUGCAGGGAAGCAGCCAGGUUUUUAUGCUGCGUUAAAACCUUGGGAUAUGAUGAAAGGCCAAACUACCAGAUGCUACGAGAUAUUCUUUUAGAUGGAGUACAAGAAAUGAAAACAGACUACAAGGGCCCUUUGGAUUUUUCUGCUGGGCAUGAAGUGGAAGCACAUGGUUCCAAGUCCCAUGAAUUUUUUCCUCCUCAGCAGUUUUUUCAGAAAACUCCCAAGAUACAAUCUGCAGCUAGAGAAACAAAAUCCAAACCAAAAUCCCAGGACAAUGAAGAAGAACAUAGAAGGAUUAAAGAUUCAACACAAACACCUGCUCGUAAAUUGGUGGCAACCCAGAGACAUUUGCAGGAGGAGGACAAGAUGUCUCAGACAAAACAAAUAAAAAGAAAAACAACAUGCAAAGAAGAAAAUGGACAGAGGCCCAGCACUAAACAGUUCAAUCAUGUACUAAUGCAAUCUGUACAUCAGGGACAACUUUGCCCACCAUGCUCUAAUUACUUAGCUGUGAAUGAAUCCACAACACCUAAAGCUGUUAAAAUAUACAGCGGUGCGAUAACUGUACUUUUAUGCUUGAUUUUCUAUGUUUUGUUCCUUCUUUGAAGAAAAGGGAAAUGAUGCAUCGUUUCAGAGACUGAAGCACCUGUCGAUACACAGGUCCAGUCAGCAUCUGAACAAAUCUGCUCUUUACGAUUUCUUAGUAGUCAUUUUCACUGUAAGUGGCUGUAAAAAAAAAAGAAAAAAAAUUGUUUUGUAAACAUGCAUAACAUUUUAAUAAAUAAAAGUGAGAAACUA